UAAAUUGAACUAUUGAUUGUCUCAACCUCCACAAGUAUUCAGAGGCAAGUCCCAUGGCUUUCCUGUGGAUAUCUUAUAGCUUAAUGCAUGAAAUUGCCUUUUAUUAGUAAAAAGACUUUGCGGGACAAGCGCAUAACAGAGAAUUCAAUACCCAAUCUGUGUUAAAUUUGCGACUGUUUUUUCAACAAUCAUUCUUCACAAAUCUCCCAAAUGGCCAUCAGAUCACUCUCCAAAACAAGACCUUUACAGUACUCACUCUUUUUCCUCUCUUUUCACAAACCCAAACUCCACAUUCUCCGUCCAAUCUCCUCUCAGCCCCACCACCACUUAAAUCCACCAUUACCAGACCUCGUAAACGAGAUCUCUCGAGUUCUAAGUGACCACAGAAACCCCCACCACGACUUGGAGCUUUCUCUCGACACAUUCUCUUCAAGAGUAUCCACAAACUUGGUCGAACAAGUCUUGAAGAGGUGUAAAAAUAUUGGGUUUCCUGCUCACAGAUUCUUUCUUUGGGCCAAAAGAAUUUCAGGUUUUCAACACAGUGUUGAGAGCUACCACAUUUUGAUUGAUAUCUUGGGAAGCAGUAAACAGUUUGCUAUUCUAUGGGAUUUCUUGAUAGAGAUUAGGGAAUCUCAAUCUUGUGAAAUAAACCCACAAAUUUUUUGGCUUGUUUUUAGAGCUUAUAGUAAAGUAAAUUUACCUAAUGAUGCAAUAAGGGCUUUUAAUAGAAUGGUAGAGUUUGGUAUUGAGCCUAGUAUUCAUGAUCUUGAUCAUCUAUUAUACGUGCUAUGUAAAAGAAAACAUGUGAAGAAUGCCACUCAGUUUUUUGACAAAGUUAAGCAUGAAUUCUCGCCAGGCGUGAAAACUUACAGCAUUUUGAUUAGAGGUUGGGGUGACAUCGGUGAAUUUAGUGAAGCUCGUAAGCUGUUCGAUGAAAUGCUCGAGAGAAAAUGUGAUGUUGAUGUUCUGGCGUAUAACAGUAUGUUGCAGGCUAUGUGUAAAGGUGGGAAUGUUGAUGAAGCGUAUAAGAUGUUUAGAGAAAUGCGUUCUAGGGGAAAGGAGCCGGAUGCUUUUAGUCAUUCGAUUUUUAUUCAUGCAUACUGUGAGGCUAAUGAUAUUCAUUCGGUGUUUCGUGUGCUCGAUACAAUGAGGAGGAACAAUCUUGUUCCUAAUGUGUUUACUUAUAAUUGUGUGAUCAAGAAACUUUGCAAGAAAGACAAAGUGGAAGAGGCUUACCAACUUUUGGAUGAGAUGAUGGAGAGAGGAGUUAGCGCGGAUGCGUGGAGUUACAAUGCGAUUCUGGCUUACCAUUGUGAACGUAGUGAGGUCAAUAUGGCUCUCAGGUUGAUUUCUAGAAUGACAAAGGAUAAUUGUAUGCCCGAUCGCCAUACUUAUAACAUGGUUCUCAAAUUGUUAAUAAGGGUAGGUAGAUUUGACAGAGUAACCGAAGUUUGGGAGAGUAUGGAGGAAAGAGGAUUUUAUCCCUCAGUUUCGACAUAUUCUGUAAUGGUUCAUGGUUUGUGCAAGAAGAAAGGUAAACUAGAGGAGGCAUGUAAAUACUUUGAGAUGAUGGUUGAUGAAGGUUUACCACCGUAUUCUUCUACAGUUGAGAUGCUGAGGAACCGCCUACUGGGGUUAGGAUUUCUGGAUGCUAUUGAGAUACUUGCUGACAAGAUGGAGCGGAGCUCUUCUUGUUCAAUACAAGAACUGGCGAAAGCAAUGCGAGGUAACACUUCGUUUACGAAAUCAAGAAGCGAAGAAACAGAGCUUGAAAGUGAUUGAGAAAUUUUUUUCUGGGGCAGCUAUUGCCACUGUUUUAUUGAAACAGUUUUUGAAGCUGAUAGAUAAUAAACAUGCUUUCCCAUGAUGUCUCCAUGAAUUAAGGGCGUUCUCUUUCACUUGACGGCUGCAGAGUCAUGCUAUUGAGAUACUUGGAGACAAUAUGGACGGGAGCAUUUCUUGUUCAAUACAAGAGCUGGCAAAGCAAUGCAGGGUUCGUUUACGAAAUCAAGAAGUGACGAAACAGAGCUUGAAAGUGAAUGAGAAAAAGCUUUCUGGGCAGCUAUUGCCACUGUUUUAUUGAAUGAGUUGGUGAAGCUGAUAGAUUAUAACCAUGCUUUCGCAUGAUGUCUCCAUGAUUCAUCGGCAUUCUCUUUCACUAGACGGCUGCAGACAAAAUGUGCAGCAGAGUGUUGUCGUCUUGUAA